AUUUCCUUUCCACCUUGGUUGCUGCUGCUGCUUGACUACAAUGUAUCAGUUCCCACAUGAAGAAGCGGUACGGUGCUCCCAACAGAAACGGCGAAUACGGAGGAAUUAACCUGGAUGGAAAGCUGCUCGUUGUGGAAUUAACAUCAGAAAGGUUGCGAGAGAAAAGCGGACUUGGCUCGGGUUUCGGAGCGCAGUGGUAACUAUGCGUUUGGGACUCGUUUGUUUUCGCUGUGGACGGUGUCUCGAAGUGUGAUGGCAGAAGUCCAGUGAAUCGCUGGCCUCCCCUCCUCUCUUGUGUUGGAUGUCUGGGGGAGUGCGCUGUUUUCUAGUGCUUCAGAUUUUUUAGAGGUUUUAUCAUAAUUGAACCGCGUUACACUGAUUUGUUAUUUUAUGGGGCUCACGCCGCCAUGGACAGACGACGGUUUGGAAUACAGUUGUUAAGCUAAGUCGGGCAAAAUGUGGUUAAAUGGGACAGGAACGAGUAGACCAUGAAGAUUCUCUAACCCUUGUCUCUGACUCCCAACCGUCUGAGAGGGUGUCGGACCUCACUGAGGCAUUCCUGGGCCGUUGGCACUAAAAUGUCCCUAAGUGGUGGCACUGCAGGCGGGAAAGGUGUGGACUCGAAUGCGGUGGACACUUACGACAGCGGGGAUGAGUGGGAUAUCGGUGUUGGAAAUCUGAUUAUUGACCUUGACGCCGAUUUAGAGAAGGACAAACUUGAAAUGUCUGGCACCAAGGACGGCAUGGCGGCACCACCUAGUGCAGUGGCAGCAUUGCCCGACAACAUAAGGUUUGUUAGUCCAGUGUCUGGCUCUCAAGGAAAAGAGAGCAAAUCCAAAUACAAGCGCAGCAAGACUUCUAAAGACAAUAGUAGCAAAGCAUCAGCUGGAGAUGGAGGUAAAAAAGAACCCACAGGGCGGACUCAAGGGGAGCCAACUGGUGCAGCAGCAAGUGCAGUAGCUGCCAGCAACAAUUCCACCUCUGGGAAGAACAUGGAAAAAGGGGGCAAAGCCUCCAGAGGGGUACUCAGUGGUAAAAAAGAUAAGGAAGGAGCAAGUGGGAAAAGUAAGAAAGACAAAACAGAUGGUGCUCCAGUUGUGGCAAUUGGCGUCUCUGAGAAGGAUGUGUCUAAAGCCCAAGUUUCUUUGGGGAAUAGUCGUAAUGCGACCUUUGAGAACACACAAUCGACAGACUUGGCAGAUGCUAAUCAAAUGGGGAAUAUUGCACUUGAAUCUGUUGGAAUAGUACCAACGUUGACCACAAAAACUGAACAAGAUGAUGUGGAAAUUGGAAAUACGGAAUGCAAAACAUUAAAGAAGAUCAAAAACGAGAAGAUGGAAUCUCCUGUCUCCACGCCAGCACCUCCCCCCCUCCACCUCCUGGCCACGGUCGGCAACAGUGAAAUCGCCUUGCCAUGCGAGCAGAUAAUGGUGCGCACACGUUCUGUGGCGGUGAACACAUCCGACGUGGCCCUGGCGACAGAACCAGAGUGCUUGGGACCAUGCGAGCCCGGUACCAGUGUUAAUCUCGAAGGCAUCGUGUGGCAGGAAACUGAAGAUGGCAUGCUUGUGGUCAAUGUAACUUGGAGAAACAAGACGUAUGUUGGCACCCUGUUAGACUGUACACGGCAUGACUGGGCUCCCCCCAGAUUUUGUGAGUCACCCACAAGUGAUCUGGAAAUGAGAAAUGGUCGUGGUCGGGGAAAGCGAAUGAGACCGAACAGUAACACUCCAAUCAAUGAGAACAGCAACUCAUCAGACAGUAAGGGCACCACCAACAAUAAGACACGUGCUGCCUCUAAUAGCAAGGGUCGGCGGGGCAGCCAGACACCAUCAGAGCGCCGCACCCCACCAAACAGUAACACAGAGGACAUUAAGGCCAGUCCGUCCUCAGUUGGAAAACGCAAGACCAAACCAGCCUCAGACAUGGAGCCCAACUCCAGCUCGGAGGACACCAAAGGAAACAAACGCAUGCGGACAAACUCAAACGGUGGAGGCAUGGGACCAACAGGUCUACCAAUGCCUUCUGUUAAGUCUGAGCCACUUCCACCUUCCCUUGAUCGUACCUGCCCAUCUCCAGUUCUUAUUGACUGUCCACAUCCUAACUGCAACAAGAAGUACAAGCACAUUAAUGGUCUCAAGUACCACCAAGCCCGUGCCCACAAUGAUGAUGACAUAAAGUUGGACUUAGAUGGAGACAGUGAAUAUGGAGAGGACUCCACUCUCCACCCUGAACCAGGAAACUGCAAUGGAGCAUCUAUUUCCCAGAAAGGAUGUUUGUCACCAGCACGUUCUGUUACUCCAAAAGGCAGGAACUUUGACGCUCAAAGUCCAUCUCCAUCUCCUAGCAAGUUUGGUUCGAAGCAAAGUAAAAAGAAAAUUGCCGAGACAGAUCCAGACACAGGAGGUACACCAAUGGAUGGCUGUGAGGAUGGGCCAUGCCUUACUGAUGAGGCCAGUAACGAUGGACUAGAUGAUAAGAGAGGAUCAGAUAAGUCUAAAAAGGCUAGCACUGGUACAAAAAUGGAUAAAAUUUCCCAGAAAAACAUGAAGUCACCGCGUCCGAUAGGCCCUGCCCCCACAGCAGCUCAGCAAAUGUAUCCUUUUCCUCCUGGGAACCCAAAUUCCUCUCCAGCCCCAAUGAUUCAAGGAAUACCCAAGAGUCCACAAAUGAAAGGCACACAGCCUAAACCCCCUGCUAUUGGAGAUCCUGCUUCAGGUAGCUCCAAAGAUAAAAAGAAAAAAGACAAAAAGAAAAAAGAUGGUGGGAAGGAUGCAGACAGCCCUAAACCCUCAGUAAAGGGUGUGAAAUUAGAGGAAGGAAAGAUUCCUUACUCUGAACCUUGUGAUCAAGUGAACAAGGGAGAUGGCCUCCUCAAUGGUUCCUCAGAUCCUCAUCAGAGUCGCUUGGCCAGUAUCAAGGCUGAGGCUGACAAGAUUUACAGCUUUUCUGACAAUGCUCCAAGUCCAUCAAUUGGUGUUGCCAGUCGAAUAGAUGGCAGUGGGAUGCCACAGCCUCUCACACCACUUCAUGUGGUCAACCAGAAUGGUGCUGACAAUUCUUCAGUCAAGACCAAUAGUCCAGCAUAUUCAGACAUUUCAGAUGCUGGUGAAGAUGGUGAAGGGAAACUAGAAGGUGUCAAAGUCAGGACAGAGGACCAGGGCAUUAGGGAAAGUGUCAAAAAAGCACUUUUCCCAAACCAGACACCCAACAAAGAUUCCCCGUACUAUACCAGUUAUGAAACUUACUACUCGCCUAAUUACGUGAACCCCAGUCCUGGAGGGCAAAAUCCAGGUGCAACAGUGGCAGAAGGUCAAGCCAAGAUAAAGAGAGACGAUGAACAUGACCAAGGUGAGGAAAAAGUAAAGGUAGAAGUUCUUGAAGAUCGGAAACCUGACACCAGUGUUUCUGGCCAACAACCGCAACAACCCUCAGUCAUUCAGCAACGAUCAAACAUGUACAUGCAACCUCUUUACUACAACCAGUAUGCAUAUGUCCCCCCUUAUGCAUACAGCCCUGAUCAAGCCUAUCAUAACCACUUCAUGAACACCAACCCAACAUACCGGCAACAGUAUGAGGAUCGGCAGCGACAGAUGGCUGAGCAACAUCGUGCUGCUGAAAAAAAAUCAGACAUGGUGAUGAAAGAACGAGAAGCUUCCUUGAAAGAAGAGUGGAAACAAAAGAGCCCAAUGCCACCAAGCCUCUCCAAAGCUUCGAGUCAGUCAGACCUUGGGAAGGUGGCACAGCCUCCUAGCAAAUCCAGGGAUUCACCCUCUGAAGUAUCUUGUAAAUCCAUUGGAAGCAUAAAGGGAGAGGAUUCAAAGUCCCAGCAAGCUGAGGGGCUGAAGAUGAAACUGACUGAAGCAGGACACCAUGGAAAGGAAGAUGCCUUGCAAACUCUGGAGUCCAGAGGUCAGGCAGGCAUAGAGCAGUGGUACAGACAGCAGUACCCUGAGAGCCAGAAACUGCAAGCAGAGGAUGAACACCAGCAACAACAACAUCGUAGAAAAGAUGAAAGGGAGAGAGAGAGAAAAUUAAAGGAAGAAAGGCCCAGGGCAAAAGACAGUCAAAGUGGAUCCAAGGAGGACGGCAAAGAUGUUGGUGAUCCUAGAAUUACUUCUGAAGAUCAUCGAGCCAUGUGCAAAGACUCUCGUUCCAACCCCCACAUGCAGUUCACAUCACCACUAGCACAGCAUCAAGGCUACUUGCCCUAUAUGCAUGGUUACCCCUAUGGACAAGGCUAUGACCCUAACCACCCUGGAUACAGGAGCAUGCCCUCAGUCAUGAUGCCCAACUACCCAGGUUCUUAUCUACCUGGAGGUUAUCCAUUUUCUACUUACGGGGGUAAAAUAGCUGGUGAGGAGGGCAACGAGAAAUCUCGUGCUAGCCCUACCGUCACUAAAACAGCAACAGACCCCAAAGCUCUGGAUCUCCUGCAUCAGUGCGCCAGCCAGUACAAGAGCAAAUCCCCCACUGUGGGCGACAAGCCGCCCCACGACAGGGAAAGGGAGCAGGACCGAGGUAUUCCCGGAGACCGAGAAAGGGAGCGAGAGAGGGACAGAGACAGAGAUGUGGACCGACCACGCUCCUCACCCUCCCAGCGCAUCAUGCCCUCUCACCACCACCUGGGAUACCCCUUGCUCUCAGGGCAAUACGACCUGUCCUACUCCACAGGGAAACCUGACCGUCACACCUCAACCCUGCAGAGAUUCAUGUGACUGGCUCACAUGAGAGCAACAUCUUCUGGUUGUUACCUUUUAGACAUCAGUUGAAUGGUGUUUUUAUCUUUAUUUUUAUUUUAUUUUUUCUGCCCCAAGGCAAGGCAGUAUGUUGUUUUUUUCCCUUCCCCUUGUAAAAGACCCUAGAUUUUCCAUCCAUGAACUGUAACACGACUGAAAGUAAUCCAGGUUCAAAGCCAUCGCUCUGCCCCACCAUGCAGAGGAAACACCGACCCGCUGACUAUCUAGUCCUUGCACUGUCAACAAAAACAAUGCAAAAAGAGACUAUUGGACUGUCAGAACAGCUUCUCUUGUUUAGUUUUAUUUUUUCUGACUGCAUUGUUUCUUUUGUCACGCAGAACGAACUUGGCGGGGGGUUGGGGGAAGUGGGGUGGCUGAUGGGGAAGAGGAGUCAACUAAAGACUGGCUUUUUUAUGCCGUGAAGCGACAGUAUAUCCUAAACUUGACAAAUGUUCGACUAUGUUUAGUGGGGAGAGGGAAUAUGGCAACAGCUGCUUUCUUCAGAGACAAGAGCCUGAGACUGAAGUUUUUCAUCGUCAUCAGUUCCCAUCUUUGUUUUCUGUUCUCUUUAAGUGAACUCUCACGCCUUGUUUCAGGGAUGAUGUCACGUUUUGUGAAGGGACCGCGCACACCUCAAAGGAAAAUAAACACUAUUCAUGUUUUCUUUUCACGGUAACACUCAAGUUCUUUCACGUCGUCAUGUUCAUCUUUGAAUGUGUCUCAUGCUGGUUUUGGUCCUGUUUUUGUUUUUUGCAUCGAUGAGGGACCGUAUCGGUCUUUACGGUCAAACGGUGAAGCCACAUCAACAAGCGAUGAGUUCACAAGGCUUCGUCAUCGCCGCAUCAGGGCACACUUGUGGGUUUCUGUGUUUUUACUCUGAUUGUGCUUCUUUCACUUUGAUUGUUUCCUGUAAACAAUGUGAAAUUUGGCUCCUGUAUUUUUGGCUGUAAUAUAGACUUUUAUAUUACCUUUAUGUGCAUAAAUGUUUGUAUUUAUUCAAGCAUGUAACUGUUUUAAAAAACUGUUGAAUAGCUACCCAGCUAUGUGCGAAGAUCAUCACACACACUUGCUGCAGGGUCCCUGGAUGUCUUUUGUGCUUUUUUUUUUUUUUUUUGCAAUAUAGGCUUUAAGUGUUCGCUCACAUCUUCCUGCAUCCCAACAUUGUCUGCGUAGGUAAACUUGUACUCGCACACACACACACACACACGCACCUAAAGUCCAUCUUUGCAAACAUUGAACUGCUAAUCUGGUCAGAAGACGUGAAAACAGAAAGGUCCAAGUGGGACUCCUAAGGCUAAUGUUCACUAGCAGUCUCUCUGUGCUCCGCUUGCUCAUGUGGCUUCACCUUAACCUCCAGUCAGUCAAACUGUUAGCAUGUUGGUUUUUCUUCGAGGAAAACAUUGGUUGUUGAGCUCAGUGAUUUAUUAAAGUGCAUGUGACGACCGAGCUGUUCCUACACAACAAGCGUUCAGAUGCUGACGGGUGAAUUUCGAUAAAAAUGGCGCAUGAGGCAGUGAAAAUCUAACAGAGUGAAAUAAGACCUCGACCAUGCACACACGGCUGAAGGAGGGAAGCCUCAGUGUUUCCCAGCAGCAUCAUGCUCCAAGCUUUCAGCUGGAUCUUAAAACAGGUGAGCCCUCUGCGUAUUUUUACACUCUGAUAAACUUUAAAUCGACACAAAAAGCCUCCGUUAGCAUGCCCUGAGCUACCAGGAGGUUCUCUCUUGGCUUCAAAUUACAGUCCUCUCUAGCUACAGGGGAUUUCACUGUUUUCACAGAUUUUAGAUUGUAGGGUUUAAAAAGCACAUUUUCUGCUCUGAUUUGGAAAUGUUCUGGAUGUUCAUUCAUACCAUUCUGUUAUAGGUUGCGUGCCGAGUCUUAAUGUUCCUUUGAAACAUGACAGAACGACCAUUUUGUCAUCACGUGCUGUUAUGAUUUUAGUUCUACAAACACGUGUACUUUAUAAGUUUUUCAUCGAGCCCCCGAAGCAUCAAGUCUGGAUGUUCGCCGAGACGUUUCUCAUGAUUCAGAAACUGGAGCUUUUCAUGUUGAGGCUCAUGGACAUUCCAAGUGAACAAGUUGCCAGUUUCUUGUCCCAUAAAAGCUCACAAGAUGGUAUAUAUUUUGACUUUGUGCGCAUUUUAAAGAAGAGUGGCUGACGCGAAUAAGCUGAAUGUGGUGGUGUGUGACUUGUACUUAAUCUGUAAGGGUAAUCUAGGCAGCUGCGAUGUUGUCAUUAAAGUCAGUGGGUUUUAGUACCAGCAGACUGCAUACAGUGCAUAUAGUUUUAUCAGACAAUGGUUGUGACAAGUGCAUUUGUUCUCUCUCUGAGAGUAGUGUUAUCUCAGUAGUAAGCAAAGCCCAGUGAAAAUCAUUUAUUCUAAAAGUGUAUGAAAAGCCAGAAACGUAAUGUUUGCUAUCAACAUAUUGGAAAGUGCUUGGCUCUUGUAUUUUGCAGGACUGUAUUUGUUUCAUGGUGAAGAGUAUAUUUAUUGGCCAGCAGUUGUCUCAAUUGGUGCCUAGUCGAACAUUCUUCUGUGAAAACAGAGACCCUUGCUCGUUUGUCCUUUCCUAACCCACCUCCUGUCACACACACACACACACACACACACACCCCUCACCUAACCCACACCCAACCCCCCUCCAAAGUACCAAAACUGGUGCUUGCAAGGAUGUUUACAAUGUCUUCAUUUUGUUUCUGUGUGAGAAAAUUCAGAACUCUUCUCCCUCUCCUCUGUUCACUUUCCCUUCAAGAGUUUGUGUAAAGUGUACAUUACCAUGGUUCUUUUUUAUACAAUACUCUGUAACUUGCCUUUGUAAAUUUGGGCUGGAAAAAAAAAUAAAUCUUUUUAUGAGACAAUC